UGCAGGAGUUUGCUCGUUUCUACCUGAACAGGAGUAAGUGUGAGAACGUGGAGACGUCGCAGGAGCUCCUCAGCAGCUCAGAGAAGAAAGUCCUAAACAACAACGAUAAAGAACUGGACAAUGAGAAGUUCAUGCGUGAGCCGGAGGAGAACCAGGAGCGCUCGUCCGUCCUAAACGUCUUCAAAAAGAUCUGGCCGAUGGCUGCGUGUAUCACGUGUGUGUUUGCCGUCACGCUGUCGGUGUUUCCUGUGAUCACAGUGAGAGUUCGGACCGUCUACACGCACAGCGCCGCCUGGGACAAAGUGUUCACCUGCGUUUGCUGCUUCAUCGUCUUCAAUGCCAUGGACCUGGUCGGCCGCAGCGCCCCGUCCCUCGUGCAGUGGCCGGCGAAGGACAGCGCUCUGUUUCCCGCCGCCGUGGCGUCCCGUCUGGUCUUCAUCCCGCUGCUCAUGUUGUGUAACGUCCAGAACUCCAAACUCACCGUCCUCUUCAGCCACGACGGCGCCUUCGUCACCAUCGUGGCCCUCUUCGCCUUCUCCAACGGAUACCUGGCGAGCCUCUGCAUGGCCUACGCUCCACAGUGAGUCUGCCCCAAAAAACGAAAACCAGAGGGUCAAACUUUGUCUUUAUGUGGAUGAACCACCAUUAAUUAACCCUUUAGGGACUGUUU